AUGUCCCGCCCCGAAGACAUCCUCCCGCCCGACCUGUUCUACGACGACUCCGAAUCCCGCAAAUACACCACCUCCUCCCGCAUAAAAAACAUCCAAGCGGAAAUGACCAACCGCGCCCUCGAACUCCUCGACUUACCCUCUCCCUCCCUGAUCCUCGACGUAGGCUGCGGAUCUGGCCUCUCCGGCGAAAUCCUCACCGAGAACGACCACACCUGGGUUGGGAUGGACAUUUCGAGUUCCAUGCUUGCCCAGGCGUUAGAGAGGGACACCGAAGGCGACAUGCUGCUAGCAGAUAUUGGGCAGGGUGUUCCAUUCAGAGCGGGAAGUUUCGACGCGGCGAUCAGUAUCAGUGCGAUUCAGUGGCUUUGUAAUGCGGAGACGAGUGAUGUGAGUCCUGAGGGGCGGUUGAAGAGGUUUUUCGAUGGGCUUUAUGCAUCUCUAAGGAGAGGUGGAAAAGCGGUGUGCCAGUUCUACCCGAAGAAUACACAGCAACGAUCUUUGAUCUCACAAGCUGCGAUUAAGGCGGGAUUUGGGGCUGGUAUACUUGAGGAUGACCCGGAGACGAAGAAUGUCAAGUACUAUCUUGUGUUGUCAGUGGGAGGCGGUGAUGUCACGGGGACUGUGAGUGGGAUGAAUGAUGUGGAGGUUCAAGAUGCGAGAAGGAAAGACAGGAAGAGAGGGAAAGAGUUUGAGAAGAAAGGAAGCAAGGCGUGGAUCAUGAGGAAGAAGUCGCAGAUGGAGGCUAAAGGGAAGGUUGUUAAGAGUUCUUCGAAGUAUACGGGCAGGAAGAGGAAUAUCGCGUUUUGA